AUGGUCUUCCUCUUCGAUCUUCAGGUCUCUCUCUGGCCCAACACCUUCCUCGGACCGCUCCACUCUAUCUAUCUGGCACCGUACCUUCCCUCGCCCUUCGCGCAAAUCUCUCCGUUCCUCCGUCUCGCGUGUCUCUCCGCUCUCUCCUCGGCGUCUGGCCUCAAUGACGCUCUCUCCACAAGCCUUCCUAGGAUUGUGUCGAGUCCGCUCCAUCCGGGGUCUCCUCUUCUGCGUCUCUGGCCCGCGCCUGGCCCGCCCACUGCCUCUAACCCUCCGAACAGGACUGACCAUCCAUCCCCUCUCGAGUGUCCCUCGAGGUCCUUCUCCUCUCCUGGGUUGUCCUUUCCCUCUACGGGGCCUCUUUCCUCUCCCCAUCAUCGCCUCCUCCCUUCCCUCCCUUCUCGUCUGGCCCGCCUCCUUUCCGCGUUCGUCCUCCCCCAUCUCCUUCCCCCCCUCUCGUUGUUCAGCCCCCACGCCCUCUUCUCUUCUUUCGCCCUCUCUCUUUCUUCCAUCCCAUUUCCCCUCCCCUUCCCCCUCCCUCUCUCCUUUCUUCUCUCUCCUCUGCUCCUUACCGUCUCUCCUCGCUACCCUUCCUUCUCUCUUCCCCGAUUCCCUUCCCCCUCACGAGGUGGACCCCUCCCUUCUCAGAUCGUCGCUCUCUAUCACGCAGGCCAAACGGGCCUCUCUGAGUAUCAGAGCAACGCUUCAAUCCAGCUCGUCUCCUCUCCCAACACCCUCUCCCGCGCCCACUCUCUCCGACCAUCCGACGCCACCGCUUUCAUCCUGCAGGUGGCUCCACUUCCUGAAUCCUGGACCGUCAAAGCCUCCGUUUGGAUCCAGACAGAGCGUCCUCUGUCGUCUCUGUUCUGCCUCAGACGUGACUUCCCUCUGCUCCAUCUGAGAUCACUGCAGCCUCUGUGGACCGGGCCUGGAACUAAAACCAUCGGGGACAGAUCUCGGGCUGUGUUGGGGACUGUGGCUCAUGUUGUGGCUAAACUUUGUGCUGCUGCGACGCGUCAGUUCCUGGAGGAGAUCACCAAAUGGACCAAUCAGCACGGAGUAUCGCCGCUGUCCAAGGAGCUCGCCGUCAAGUUCCUCAUGGCCCGGAAGUUUGACGUCCUGCGAGCGAUAGAGCUUUUCCACAGCUACAGGGAAACUCGUCUGAAAGAAGGAAUCGUGCGACUGCAGCCUCACGAGGAGCCGCUCCGGUCCGAGCUGCUCAGCGGGAAGUUCACGGUCCUGAACGCCCGCGAUCCUUCGGGAGCCUCCAUCGCUCUGUACACGGCCAAACUGCACCAUCCCAAUAAAACCGGGAACCACGUGGUCCUGCAGGCGCUGUUCUACCUCCUGGACCGCGCCGUGGAGAGUUUUGAGACGCAGAGGAACGGCCUGGUCUUCAUCUACGACAUGGCGGGAUCCAACUACACAAACUUUGAGCUGGACCUCAGCAAGAAAAUACUCAACUUAUUAAAGGGGGCGUUCCCUGCGCGGCUGAAGAAGGUGCUGAUUGUGGGGGCUCCCGUUUGGUUCCGAGUUCCCUACAACCUCCUCAGUCUGCUGCUCAAGGAGAAACUCAGGGAGAGGGUGCAGAUGGUGCGUACGGUGGAGCUGAAGCAGCACCUGCCCAGAGACUGCCUGCCCCAACACCUCGGGGGCCUCCUGCCUCUGGACGCUCCCUCCUCCAACCAGCAGCUCCUGUCGGGGCAGAACGGCGCCGUGGACCCGGUGGACGAGCUGGUGUCCAUCCCAGUGCCGGAGGAGGAGGAGCAGAGCGUCCACGUCCCAGGACCGGACGCCAUGACGCCCCUGGAGCUGGCCGCACACCUGGGAAGACUACAACGAGUCGGGAUCCACCAGGACUACGAGGAGCUGCGGAGGGAGCAGCCGCCCGGGACCUUCCACCACUCACAAGCCGUGUACAACCAGGACAGAAACCGCUACGGAGACGUGCUGUGCCUCGACCAGACCAGAGUCAAGCUAAAACCGCGACGCAACCAGCGGUCGGACUACAUCAACGCCAGCUUCAUGGACGGCUACAAACACAAACACGCCUACAUCGGAACUCAAGGGCCUCUGGAACGGACCUACGCAGACUUCUGGAGGAUGGUCUGGGAGCAAAACGUGCUGGUGGUCGUCAUGACAACCAGGACGGAGGAGGGCAGCAGGAGGAAGUGUGGACAGUACUGGCCUCUAGAGGACGGGGGACAGGAAGUGUACGGACUCAUCGCUGUUGUCAACCAGAGAGUGGACCGCCAUCCUCACUACAACCACACCACACUGGGGCUACACAACACAGAGACGUGUGAGCAGCGGCAGGUCAGUCACUUCCAGUUCCUGAGCUGGCCGGACUACGGCGUUCCGUCCUCCGCCGUGUCGCUCAUAGACUUCCUGAGCGCCGUGAAGCAGCAGCAGCAGACCCUGAGGGGCCUGGGCCACUGGAGCGGGCCCCCCCUGGGACCCCCCAUGGUGGUGCACUGCAGCGCGGGCAUCGGACGAACAGGGACGUUUUGCGCCCUGGACAUCUGCCUGGCUCAGCUGCAGGACGUGGGCUCGCUCAAUGUGCAUCAGACGGUGAAGAGGAUGAGGACGCAGAGAGCCUUCAGCAUCCAGACACCGGAGCAGUACUACUUCUGCCACACCGCCAUCUUGGAGCACGCCCAGAGGCACGGGCUGCUCCCAGCCAAUCACUGA